AUGUGGCUUGCGAGAGAACAGUCGGAGAGAAAGGGAGGGAGCGGGUUGGUGGCCGUGGCGAUCGAUAAGGAUAAAGGAAGCCAGAAUGCUCUCAAAUGGACCAUCGAUAAUCUUCUCCAGAGAGGCCAAGUCGUCAUCCUCGUUCAUGUCAAGGUCAAGUCCCUCCCCACCGCGCCUUUGGGUUCUUCCCCUACGGGUAUCUAUGGGGGUUGGUUUCAACUAUUUGAUGCCAACAAGGCUCUUCAUAUGGCAGGACACGAGCUCGAUCCUAAAGAACUCUUUCUUCCCUUCCGAUGCUUCUGCACGCGCAAGGAUAUACAAUGCAAAGAUAUUUUGCUGGAAGACACGGACGUAGCGAAAGCAUUGAUUGAGUAUGUUUCUCACAACUCCAUUGAGAAUCUAGUCCUCGGUUCCUCGUCGAAGUCUGGCUUUCUAAGAACCUUCAAGGCGACAGAUGUGCCAAGUAGUGUGGCAAAAGGAGCACCAGACUUUUGUACGGUUUAUGUCAUAACGAAGGGGAAGAUAACAACCAUGCGGUCGGCCACCCGUCCAGCUCCGAUGGCCUCGCCACUAUCUAAUCAAAUUCACAAUCAAUUGGUUCCACGGGCACAUCAAUCAGAGCCGCGUGUCCCCCAAACUAAUAGUAUAAGAGGAUUUGCAAGGGCAAUGAAUGAGAUGCCUCAUAAGUCGAAUGACAGCUUAGAUUUUAUAAGAUCACCAUUCACAAGAGGAAAAGGUUCUAACGGCAGAUUGUACGGGGAGGUUGGUACUCCGGAUACUGAUAUAUCCUUUGUCAGCUCUGGUAGACAGAGUGUCGACCGAAUGUUCCCAUCAUUUUAUGACAAUCUGGACGGUGGCUACUCCCCGAGGUUGUCUAACACCUCCAACACAGACUACAGACAGGGCUUUGAUGCUGCUCUGCUGGCGCAGAGGUCAGUAGAUAGCAGCACAGUUCGCGAAGUGUCGCCUAUGUCACAUUUUUCACAGGAGAGCGAGAGGUCUUAUUCAUAUUCAUCACCCAAUACGGAUGAUGUGGAAGCUGAGAUGAAGAGGCUAAAACAAGAGCUUAAGCAGACAAUGGAAAUGUACAGCAAAGCUUGCAAAGAUGCUCUCUCUGCUAAACAAAAGGCGAUAGAGCUCCAGCAUUGGAAACUAGAAGAAGAAAGGAGGGUCGAGGAGGCACGAUUGGCUGAGGAAGCAGCUUUAGCACUUGCGGAAAAGGAGAAAGCCAAGUCCAAAGCAGCGAUGGAGGCUGCUGAGGCUGCUCAGAGGAUUGCCGAACUCGAAGCCCAGAAAAGGAUUAAUGCGGAAAUGAAAGCCAUCAAAGAAGCCGAGGAGAAGAAAAAGGUGCUCGAUGCUCUUGCACAGUCAGAUGUCAGGUACAGAAGAUACUCGAUUGAGGAGAUCGAAAAUGCUACAGAGUUCUUUUUGGAGUCCCGCAAGAUUGGUGAAGGAGGUUAUGGCCCUGUGUACAAGUGCUACUUGGAUCACACGUUAGUUGCAAUCAAGGUCUUGCGACCAGAUGCUGCUCAAGGCAGAUCCCAGUUUUUGCAAGAGGUUGAGGUGUUGAGCUGCAUAAGGCAUCCAAACAUGGUUCUUCUCCUGGGAGCUUGUCCAGAAUAUGGAUGCUUGGUGUACGAGUUCAUGGCGAAUGGAAGCUUAGAUGACCGCCUCUUCUGUCGCGGAAACACCAGGCCGCUUUCUUGGCAACUCAGGUUCAAAAUUGCAGCAGGAAUCGGAACUGGCUUGCUGUUCCUCCACCAAGCGAAACCUGAACCACUUGUGCAUCGCGAUUUAAAACCUGGAAACAUUCUGCUCGAUAGCAACUUCGUCUGCAAGAUCAGUGAUGUUGGUUUAGCUCGGCUGGUCCCGCCUUCUGUUGCCGACAGUGUGACACAAUACCGCAUGACGUCCACGGCUGGGACAUUUUGCUACAUAGAUCCCGAGUACCAGCAGACGGGAAUGCUGGGGGUCAAGUCUGAUAUAUACUCUCUAGGGAUCAUCUUUUUGCAGCUACUAACCGCCAAACCUCCCAUGGGAUUGACCCACCAUGUCGAGCGGGCAAUCGAGAAUGGGACUUUUGCUGAAAUGCUAGAUCCAGCGGUGCCUGAUUGGCCCUAUAAUGAGGCUCUGGCCUUUGCCCAAAUGGCACUUAAGUGUUCGGAGUUAAGACGGAAGGAUAGACCAGAUCUCGCAAAAGUCAUUCUCCCCGAACUUGACAGACUGAAAGCAUUGGCUGAGAGAAGCAUUCAUCCCUCGUGGCCUAGUUAUAACUCGAGCGACUCACCCAAUGACAGCCAGGUUUCUUUGCAACUGUGUGCAGCACAAUCGGUAGAGUCGGCAUACAACCCGAAGUCAAGCCUGAAUGCGAAGAUUCGUACAGAUGCCGGAGCGGCCAUUUUUGUUCCGCAUUACAAAGUCUAA